AUGCCUGCGAGGCUAUCACCUCGCAGCAGCCGCUUUGUUUGCGUGCAAUGCCGUCACGCCCUAACAUCGACCCAGAGACGGCGAUUCUUAUCAACCAGCUCAACUCAACCCGAGAUCUACGAUCUCGUCACAGUAGGCGGCGGUCCCGCCGGCCUAGCUCUCCUCGCAGCCCUAAAAUCAUCACCCUUAACGUCCCAUCUGAAAACCGCCUUGAUCGAAACCCAAGACCUCAGCAAACUCCGUGCCUGGACUUCUCCGGACGACAAAUACUCCAACCGCGCAAGUAGCUUGACGCCCUCGUCCGUCUCGUUCCUCGAGUCAACCGGGUCGUGGAACCACGUGGACCAAUCCCGCGUGCAAGCCUACGAUGAGAUGCAAGUCUGGGAUGCGGCCAACGACGCCACCCUCCAGUUCGACUGGGCCGCCGAGACGAAAAGGUACAACGCGCCGCCGCGGACCGUGGCGACCAUGACCGAGAAUGCAAACCUCACGAGAGGUCUUCUCGAGCGGAUUGCCGAAAUCGGCGCAGAGACGUCCCUCUUCUCGAAUACCAGUGUAUCUUCCAUUAUACAGGGCGUGGACGAUCCAGAGGGCCUCGACCUGUCAACCUGGCCGGUGUUGAGUCUGCAAGCGAAGACACCGUCGGGCACUCCAUCAUCUAUCGCCGCCCGCCUGCUCGUCGGCGCCGAUGGCUUCAACUCCCCCGUGCGCACCUUCGCCGGCAUAUCCUCGCACGGGUGGGACUACGACCGGCAUGGCGUCGUCGCGUCGCUAACGAUCCAGCCCCCAGCAGAAGAGACCUCCUCGCAAGACUUCGACCUCUUCUCCGACGAUCCCCUCCCCAACCGUGCGACCGCGUACCAACGCUUCCUCCCCGCGCUUGGCGGUCCCGUUGCGGUACUCCCACUGCCCAACAACCACGCCUCCCUCGUGUGGUCCACCACGCCCCAGCACGCAAGUUACCUGAAAUCACUCCCGCCGGCGGCCCAAGUGGCCAUGGUCAACGCAGCACUGCGCCUCGACCAGACAGACAUCGCGUACAUGUUCACUUUGGCCAGGUCGGCAGAGGCAGACCAUCUCCAUCAAGACGAACUCUCCUGGCGGUUACAACAUACUCGCCCGCCGCGUACCGGUCGCCCACCACCGACAAUAACGAGCAUCCAAGAGGGAAGUCUAGCCUCGUUCCCGCUCCGCAUGCGCCACGCCUCGAGCCUGACUGCCCACCGCACCGCAUUGAUAGGCGACGCCGCGCACACGAUCCACCCACUAGCCGGGCAGGGGUUGAACUUGGGCCUCGCGGACGCGGCCGCGCUCGCCAGUACGAUCGCCUACGCUGUCGACCACGGCAUGGAUAUCGGCGACGGUUUCGCGCUCCAAAGAUACAACGCCGAGAGGUUCGGCAGGGGGUUGCUCAUGGCGGGCGGGGUCGACGCGUUGAACUGGAUGUAUCAGGUCGGAGGGUCCCACCAGGGCAUGCUCAGUGCGGUGGUCGGAAGGGUGAGGGGGUUGGGUAUGAAGAUGGUGGGGAAGGUGCCGGGGCUGAGGGAGGGCAUUAUGAGGCAGGCGAGUUAG